CAUUACUAUCCGUAAGUCAUGUCGCGAAUAAUACAAAAGGAGUGGACCGUCCGGCCUUCUUAUUUUGCCGUAAAAACGCAGAAUUUAAUCCGAAAUGUUGUGGAAAAUAUUAAAAUGACACCCAAUCCAAACAAAAAAUAUAUUACAUUAUCAAUUGGUGAUCCAACAGCUUUUGGCAAUUUUCAACCUCCAGAAUCAGUACUACAAGCUAUCCGAGAUAGUCUUGAUCAUCCUUCCAGCCCGAAUUAUGGACCAGUCAUUGGUUUUUACGAAGCAAGAAAAGCUGUGGCAGAAUACAGUAGGCGUCAGGGGAAAGUUAAACCCGAAGACGUGAUACUAUGUAGCGGAUGUACUCAUGCCAUUGACCUCGUGAUAACAACGUUGGCGAACUCAGGCCAAAAUAUAUUGGUGCCAAGACCAGGACAUACGGUUUACAAAACCGCUGCAGAAGGUUUGGGAAUAGAACUGAAAUUUUACAAUCUACUUCCCGACCAAAAUUGGGAAAUCGAUUUAGAAGAUUUAGAAAAUAAAAUAGACGAAGCUACGGCUCUGAUAGUGGUCAUCAACCCUUCGAACCCUUGUGGCUCUGUUUACAAAGCAGAGCACCUCAGAGAUAUAUUACAAAUUGCAUCGAGGAAUCGCGUACCAGUCUUGGCGGAUGAAAUUUACGAAGAUUUCACGUUUUCUGGCCAUAAGUUUACCACGCUCUCGUCUUUAUCUGUUGAUGUGCCUAUUAUCACGUGUAGUGGCAUUACUAAGCGGUUUUUAGUCCCUGGAUGGAGGCUAGGCUGGCUUAUAAUCCAUGACAGGAACAAUAUCCUUGGUGAUGACAUUCGGAAAGGUCUAUGUAACGUAGCUAGUAGGCUUUUGGGACCAUGCGUGUUGAUACAACGAGCUUUGCCGGCAAUACUGGAGAGUCCACAGGGAUAUUUUUGGGAUAUGAUGAAGUUUGUGGAGACUCAAGCGAAUUUCGCAUGCAAACAACUAUGUCUAUGUCCCGGCCUACGCCCGAUUACACCGCAAGGCGUGAUGUACAUGAUGAUUGAGAUACAGAUUUCAUUGUUCCCAAGCUUCAAGGAUGAUGUCCAAUUCGUUGAGCGAUUGUUGAUGGAAGAAGCUGUUCUUUGUCUACCGGGUCAGUGCUUUGGUUACCCAAACUUCAUGCGCAUAGUGCUGACGGUCCCUGAAAACAUUCUCACAGAAGCAUGCAACAGGAUUAUGGCGUUCUGUCAACAGCAUUGCAGUGGAUUGAAGAUGAAGGAAGAAUUAUUAGAUGUAACUGUCGCUAAGCCGAUUAUACGUGAAGAUCUGUUAACGACCGCUUAAAAGUAUUUAUGAGACAAAGAAAAUUGUCAUGCGAAUCUCAAUUUGGCAUAACUGAUUAAAAUCAAAUAAUUUACUUCUAUCAAUGUCACAACAUUACAAUUUAAAAUAUAAUAUUUAUAAUAAAUAGUAUCUGGUUUGUAAAUAUGGCCGAAUCUCACAUUAAACCU